UCAACUACCACAAAUGAAAGAACAUAAUAAUCUCUCUCUCUCUCUCUCUCACAUAGCAUGAUGAGGAUAACAAUACCAUUUGCUUCUCUCUCUACAUCCCUACUACUCAGGAAACAGGUUUCAGAAUGGAGAAUCCAAUUCCCACCCAUUUGCACACCCCACACUUUUCCCCAGUACAGGGGAGUCUCAAAUAAUCAUCUCCAAACAAAGCAAAAAUUAAAGGAAAUUAGAGUUUCUGGAGACCAGGGCACACACAGUGAGUUUGAUGUGAGCUUCCCCACUGAUUACUCUGAGCUCCUUGAGCAGGCGAAAGAAGCAACCGAGUUAGCAUUAAAGGAUGGGAAGCAGUUGUUGGAAAUUGAGUUCCCCACUGCAGGUCUAGAAUCUGUUCCAGGUGAUGGUGAAGGAGGGAUUGAGAUGACAGAGUGCAUGCUUCUAAUCCGAGGAUUCUGCGAUCGCUUCGUCGCUCCAGAGAAAGCUACACGAACUCGAAUAUUCUUUCCAGAGGCGAAUGAGGUUGAUUUCGCCCGCCAAUCGGCCUUCGGAGGAUCAUCACUAAAGCUAGAUUAUCUGACGAAGCCAUCCUUAUUCGAAGAUUUCGGUUUCGUAACGAAGAUCAGAAUGGCGGAUCGCGUGAAGCCCGAAGACGAAAUAUUUCUGGUUGCUUAUCCAUAUUUCAAUGUUAAUGAGAUGCUUGUGGUGGAAGAGCUUUACAAAGAAGCAGUUGCGAAUACUAAUCGAAAGCUGAUUAUAUUCAAUGGAGAGCUUGAUAGGAUAAGAAGUGGAUAUUAUCCGCCUUUCUUCUACCCGAAAUUGGGCGCGCUUUCGAAGACCUUCCUUCCCAAGUUGGAGACGGUGUAUUACGUUCACAACUUCAAAGGGCGAAAUGGAGGAACACUUUUCAGGUCUUAUCCUGGCCCUUGGAAGGUGAUGAGAAAAGCAAGAAGAGGUGGCAGAUAUGUUUGUUUGCAUCAGCAAGAAGAAAUGCCCUCACUGAAGGAGGUUGCCCUCAAGAUUCUUCCAUCUGCUUAGCCUCCUCUCCCCCAACAAGUUGCCAACAAGUUCCAAGGGAGUUUCUAUGGUGUUCUUGUUUUGCAUUUAAUGUUGAUACAAGUAUUUAUAAAUCAACAAAAUUUGGUCACACUGUAUAGGGUUUAAACUCAUCAUGUAUUUUUAUUUGGAGCUUCUAUAUUUGAAAAACAAAAAAGAAAAAAAUCCCCUUAUAUAUCUCACAACUGUUAUUUGGUU